AUGAGCAUGUUUCAAGAGCAAAAGAACCUAAUUCCACUAUAUGAUACCAAGGAAAUUUUACUUAAAGUAGUCGUAAUUGGAGAUUUUGGUGUCGGAAAAACGGCUAUCAUCAAACGUUGCACUGAAGGUGUUUACUCGUCUCUCUACAAAGUAACAAUUGGAGCAGAUUUCGCCAUAAAGACGUUUGUAUGGGACGAUAAUACCAGGAUUACUCUUCAAAUGUGGGAUAUUUCUGGACACGAACGGUUCGGAUCUUUAACCAGCGUUUACUAUAGAUAUGCAUCAGCAGCUGCCAUUGUAUUUGACCUAACAAGACCGGAAACUUUCACCUCAGUGGAAAAAUGGCUUCUCGACUUACGUGGAAAGGUUGAACUGCCAAAUGGACAGCCGCUACCUAUAAUUUUACUAGCAAAUAAAGGAGACAUUUGUUUACCUAUAAUACCAGCACACAUUUCACAGUUCUGCAUACAACAUAAUAUUCAAGCGUGGUUUAUAACAUCUGCCAAGGAAAACACAAAUAUUGAUGAAGCAAUACAAGUUUUGAUUAAGAGCACACUUUGCAACUACCACAAUCCAAAAAUUCCCGGUUCCAUCUGCCUAAGUAACAUGAACCAAGAGAAGCGAAACAAAUGCUGCUAAUAUAUGAAUUAAAUUUAAUUUAGUUUAAGAAACAUUCACUUCCUACGUGUGACUAGUUACAAUAAAAUGUUAAACUUUUUGGCCCAA